AUGAGUUUUCUUGACUCGGUUCUCUCAAAAGACGAGCGGAAGCCAACCGCUGUGCGACAGCCGCCCCCUCCAAGUGGCAAUGUUAGUGGAGGUCUGAAGCGCAAGGCUGAGGACCAGCUGGCUCGGCCAGUGAAGCCUGAAUCGAAUGUGACGAGCAAGCCCGCAAUCACGAAACCAGCUGCUACCAAGCAACCUAUCUCAUCUGCGGCACCCAAGGCUCUAUCCAAACCGGCUUCAACCAUCACCUCCAGGGCAGCUCCUGCGAAGCCUGUAUCAAAAAUUGGCACAUCCACAGCCAUAAAAGCAGCACCUGCACCCAAGGUGCCGACUAAACCAGCGGCUGCAGUUACCCCCUCCAAACCCCCACCAAAGGGAUCUUUCGCGGAGAUUAUGGCAAAGGCACAGGCCUUGCAAGACAAGGCCCCAACGAAUGCCGGCACGCUACGACACCAGGCGGUUCCCAAGGAAAGACUCAGCAAAGUUGAACGCAAGAGACGGGCCAUGGAAGCACAGGCAAAAGAAAAAGAAGCCCGCUUAGGAAAGAAGUCUGCUCCCGGCGCUACUGGCAAGGACCGGAUUGCCCUCACAAAGCGGAGCUCCGACGGCCCAUCUUAUAAAGGCACCGCCAAACCCGCCAAACAUACACAAACCCCCGAGCAGCCUGCUUAUCGUGGUACCGCGGGCUUGCCAUCUAGCCGUGGUGUAGGUGACCGCAGACACCAAUCUCGCAAUGGCCGAUCACGCCGGGAUGAAUACCUUGGAACUGACGAGGAAGAUGAGGGUGACUACGGUGGUUAUGGUGGUUACGAUGAUUAUUAUUCUGAUGAGUCGUCCGACAUGGAGGCUGGACUAGACGAUGUGGAUCGUGAAGAGGCCGCCGCAUUGAAGUUUGCCAAACGGGAAGAUGAGGAAGAGCUCCGCCAGGAGAUGGCAGCAAAGAAAGAGAAGUUGGCGCGCCAGCGGAAGCUGGCUGCUCUUGCCUCCCGCAAGCGUUAA